UAGCAACAGCAAAAAUAACCGCCGUUUGGUUAGUUUACAGAUUGUCUUUGUAAUACCUACAAUUCGUACUUGAUAUUUUCCCAUUAUUUUUUGUGCGUGAAGUGAAUUUCCGACGAAAAUUCGUUCCUACAGGCAUAUUAUUUGGUAAAAUAAUAAUCAAAUCGAGGCAAAUAAAUAAGUUUUUUUUUUGGUGUAAAUUUUGUGAAUAAAUUGUGUUCAACGGAAUUUCAGUGAACACAAAAAGUUUUGAGUGCAAAAAAGAGAAGUUCAGAAUUUCAAUACUGUAUCAUAUUGUGUGCAAACGGCUUCGCCACUUCUAAAAUGGAACACUUGCAUUUAUUCGAUCAAAAUGCUUUAUAAUUCGACGAUAGGUUGUGUGUGAAAUUUUUGCGAUAGAAAAAUUUAUCUAAAAUUUUGUGCUAUUGAAUGGGAUAACAACCGUUUCGUGAAUGAUGAACAAAUUAUCGAAUGAGGAUUUACCUGCAAAUUCUGCGAAUGCAGACCAUGCAGACACAAUAACGGAUGAGCAAAAAGCUAACAAUGAUAUAGCGUCAAAAAAGCGAAUAUGUUUGGUCGGUGCAGUGGCCAAUGAUUCCGCGACCAAAGAAUUAGCUGAAACCUUUGGUGUACCAGUUGAAACAUCCGACACUGGUAUCGAAAAAUUGUCCGAACGAGAGUGGAUAACGUAUUUCAUUAUCCGUGACUUUAGCGGACCAGUGUUCGAGGACCUUCAGAAGAGUAUCCAUGAUGGUAGAAAGCUUGAAAAGGAUCUCCGAAAGAGACUCCACGGCGAGGAAAGGGAAAUCGAUUUCGGAAGAAUUCUAAGCCCAAUUGCAUUACAACAUGCAACAAAGGAUGGCCUUAUUCCACAUGGCAAUCACCCCAUCUACAAUUAUUCGAUGCAAGGGGUGGUAGCGUGUUUCGCAGGACUGCGGAAAAAGGAUCAAUUGAUACAGUUACUCAAUCAGAUCCAUUGGAUGGGCGGUUCCGUUCGUGACAACAUCAUGAACUCUAAAGUAACGCAUUUGAUUUGCGAGAAAAUACCAAGAUUGACGCGUGAAGACGAUGAACGACGAAAAAUUAACAAAUACAAAUAUGCUAUUGCAUUUGGUUUAGCUGUGAUAAAGCCAGACUGGGUUAACGAGGCCUGGGAACAACGUGACGUUAAUAGGUUCUCGCCGAUAAAUGCCGACUUCACUAGACCCCAUAAACUGAAAGCAUUUGAAGGACACAAAAUUUGCUUCUUAGGAUUCGCCACGGAGGAACAUGAUCACAUGAUUGAUGUGUUAAAUCGGAACGGCGGUGUUCAUGCGACCAUCGACGAUCCGGAAUGCACACAUGUGAUUAUUUCGAACACUGCCGAUCAUUUUUCCGAAAAUCAAUCACCAUUACCCUUAACCCCCACCAAUCCAUCACAUUCCCCAUUCAAGAACAUUGCCACCGAAGUGCUUACUGAAGAAGAUCCGGAGGCACCCGUCGAACAUGAAAAUAUUUGCGAAAAUUCCAAUGCAGCGACACAUCCGAAAAUUGUACAUAAUUCACCUGCACCGGAUGGCAUUGUGUUACAUUUGAAUGAAACGAAUGAAUUUAUCGAUCCGAACGACUUGUCGCCGAUAUUGAAAUGUAAGCCAGAUGAUGCCACCUCUUUGUUCGGCGAUGGGUUGGACAAUAUCGAAGAAGAGAAUUCGAAUGAAAGUGAGCAACGCGACGGGCUUAAACGAAAGCGCGACAGUUUUGAUAAUAUUUCCAUUGACUCAAUGGCCCCAUCGUUUAGUUCAUCGAGAAAAUCGAAACUUCGUCGGACAGGAUCGAUAACGCAAACGCUGAAGCGACGACUGAGCUUUGUGGGUAAUCCGAUAACGAAGUUACGAUCGCGUCGAAAUUCAGUUGAUCCGAAUGCUUCGCUUAAUUCCAUCACGUCUGUGGACAGCGUGUGUAAUGACUCAAUUAAGUCUUACGUCAAAGACAGACCGAUGCGCGCGUUGCGAAGCAUGAUGAAAGGUGUCGGCAAAGAUUCCGUAAAAACACCGAAAUCGACGAAAUUGUUCAGUAAAAUAAAGUCGAGCUUUGUCGAGCGUACACCGGACAAGCAUGUCGCCGAUGUAGUCGAUUUUAAAACUCCUCGGCUCCCAACACCGUCCACCGUUCCUAUGUCCCAAAGAGUCACGGAAAAUGAACAACAAACCAAUUCAGUAAGCAUUUUCACCGUCAUUAACAAAAGUACAAUUGCAACUACGCCGGUACGGAAAGCAUGUCUACACAGUACGACUAAUGAGCCGGAUAGUUCGAUUUGUGUCGCUUCUGAGCCAAAUGUGGUCGUUGACGACCGUGCCACACAAUCGAAACCGGAACCGAAAAAUUCGGAAACUGUUAUCGUUAAAUCGGACUGGUUUUGGUACACCAUUCAAAAUGGUUAUGCAGACGAAAAGGAUCAUCUGUUCGAGAAUUACCUGGAGAGAAUAUGCAACGUAUCGAAGACGGAUCGCCGGGACUCACUGCCCAAUCGGAAACGGAAACUCCUGCAUCUAACACCGGCCGAUUCAACUCCACGCGGAUUGUUGAAACGACGAUCGUCUGUAUCAGAUGUUGGUUUGCUGUCCGGUAGUCUGUUGGACUAUACGGCCAGCCCGAACGUGAAAAAUGACAUCAAAGAAUUGGACAUUUCUACCGAGCCGAAGAAGAAGACGAUGCGUUACAAUCAUUUCAUGGAUCUGUUCGGCACGGAGUCCAAUUAUGUGGACAUAUUGAAUACCAUCACAACCCUCUUCUACGAACCGCUGAAAGAAAUGGCAGACACGAAGAACGCUCUCAUCAACAUAUCCGAAAUCAAAUCAAUUUUCAACAAUUUCUCUCCAAUCUAUGACGUUCACAAGGAAAUGCUAGACAAAUUUCGUGAACUGCAAGAGGGCUGGUCAGAAGAGUGCCUGAUCGGCAAAAUCAUUUUGGACCAUCGAGAAGCGCUGAUCAAGGCCUAUCCACCGUACGUGAAUUUCUUCGAACAAAUGAAAGAGACGCUUGCGCAAUGUGAUACACAGAAUCCCCGGUUUCAUGCAUUUCUGAAAAUUAAUCAAACCAAAGCCGAAUGUGGUCGCCAAUCGUUACAGGAUUUGAUGAUACGACCGGUGCAGCGGCUACCUAGCAUAAGUUUAUUGAUUAGUGAUAUAUUGAAACACACUCCGAAAACGAAUCCAGACUUCAAAGAACUUGAGCAAGCAUUGAAAGCUAUCAAGGAAGUGAUGACGUACAUCAAUGAGGACAAACGGAAAACGGAGGGUCGACUGGCGUUAUUCGAUAUCUUCAACGACAUCGACAAUUGUCCACCGGACCUAGUGUCGUCACAUCGACGUUUCGUAUCGAAAUGUGAAGUGACCGAACUGUCAAACAAUCUCAGCGGCCGUGACGAUCCAUUGAUGCUGUUCCUGUUCACCGAUUACAUGGAAAUUUGCAAAAUCAAAAAGCAUCGCUUCAACAGCGCCAAAUCGCCCACAUUCGGCACGACCGGUUUGAAUACGGCCCGCGUCAGCCAUCAGAAAUCGUACAAACACAUCAAACUGUUACCGUUGAGUUCGAUAGCCGUGGUGUACGAUGUGCAAGACAGUCCCAGAGCGUUCGCGCUGCCACACAAAGACAAAAUGUAUUCGUUCAGUAUAUGCGACGAUAUUGAGAAAAUCAUUUAUCUGAAGAGUCUGUGCAAACAAUUGGCCGAGAAUGCAUGCCGAGCGGAUGCGGAACAAUUUCUGCGUAGUUAUGAAUCGCAUGAGCUCGGCAUCGACGUUAGCGACAUCAAUGUGGGUACGCUGAAAAAGGCUUUCAAUUAUGCGAGAACGAGAUUGAAGGUAACGCGAGCAUUUUCCUUCCACAAAACACCGAUGAAAAUGAAACGAUCCGCAACAACGUCGCCAAUAUUCGGAAGUACAAAUUCGCUGACACCAGCCACGCAAUUGGCUCAAAUGAAACUGGCCAGCUGCACAAACAUAAACGAAGUCGGCGAAACAGAUGAAGACGAAGAGACGUCGCAUCGCAAUCAUUUAGUAGCACCGCACUCUGUGCUGCCGACACGAAAAUCAAAAAGUGCAACACUUUCCAUGGCGGCGUUAAGACGGUUAUAACCGGAACUGUUUGUUUGGAUUUUGUUUUUCUGAUUGUAAAUAUAAAUGUUAAAUGCGCCGGGGUGUGUCUUUGAAUGGAAUCGAAGAUAUAAUUAGAAUUUAAGCCGAAAGAAGAAGAAGAUAGAAAUGACAAGUUCAUGAACAUUUUGCCGUACAUAAAAAAGGAAAACAAUUUUUUGUUAGGAAAAUUAUUUUACUUUAAGUUCACCGUUUCGAUUA